AAAGCAAGGGAGAUCUCUCCAUGCCCUUACGCUUUCGGGCAACUGAGAGCAUACGGCUUUACCGGGAUGGGUAAAUUACUUUUUCCCAUUUCGAGAGCAAACAAUGGAUUUAUUAAUGGCCUCGGCCGACGAAUGGUAUAAGAAGGUACGGACAGCCAGCCACGCUUCAAUGGCGUGUGCUUUGUCUUUUCUGCCUCAGCACUCUUACUGCAAAUCAUCAUGAGACCUGGAGCAUUCAUUCUAGCUCAGACCCUCGGGUCCCUGAGCGCUCACGCUCUCCCACAGAGUAUUGACGAGCGCGAUUUGAUCGGCAUCAAUACUACAAUUCCCGACGCCCUUACCCUCAGCGAGCUGUACGGCGCACCAGCGAACAACUUCACCUGUAAGAGCGAGCGCAACCCGGUCGUCAUGCUACACGGCCUUUCCGCCAACCGCGAAGUCGACCUGAACAUGCUCCAAUACGAGCUUAACCGCCGCGGUUACUGCACCUUCUCGCAGACGUACGGCGCUUGGCCACUCGUCCCAUGGAUUGGCGGGCUGCGAACGAUGGCCGAUUCGGCGAAGGACAUCGCGGAUUUCGUCAAAGAGGUCAAGGACAAGACAGGAGCCUCUAAGGUCGACAUCGUAGGGCACUCCGAGGGUGGUGUCCAGUCAAUUUACGUCCCGAUGACGCAGCCCGGCAUCUCGAGCAUUGUAGAGCACGUCGUGGCAUUGGGGCCGGCAAUCCAUGGCGCGCAAUACUACGGCUUCACAGACCUGUGGUAUAUUGGCGGGAACGUCACCCGCGCUCUCGCCAAAGUUGUUCAGGACGCACUGGGGUGCCCUGCCUGUGACGGUAUGAUGACGGGCGGCGCGGUGUACAAGGAGUUCCAGACGAACACGGGGCAUAUCGCACAGCCCGGCAACAAGGUCACGGUCAUCAUGUCCAAGUCAGACACGCUGGUGUCGCCGGACGUUAGUGAGAUUGAUGAGACGGGGGUGAAUAAUGUCUUCGUCCAAGAUACUUGCCCUGAUGAUACUGUCGGACACGCAGGUCUGAUGUGGGAUAAGAGUGUGUGGCGCUUAAUCAUAAACGCGCUGGAAGAGAACAAUGAUGCCGUUUUCGCUUGCGAUAAGGGCCUUCCGAUUUGAUGUAUAGUUCAUAUUUCGGAAGAAUCUUAGUGUAGAUAAUUAUCCAAUAAUGUAUGUACAAAUACUUGGAAACAUAUUACGCCCUAUGACAGAGUAUGAGGUUCUACAUUAAAAUGCAAC